GGUCAGAAACCCAUAGAGGAGGGGCGAGGGAGGGGAUUAGUGUAGACCACUACGCCGGUGGUUCAGUCUUCCGGUGCGGCCCGGCUCGGCAGUGUUGUAACUUGGAAAUAUACGGACUUUGAUCGUAUUUUUGUCUACCUACACCUCAUGACAGACACUGGUCUUAUCAGUCUUUACAAGAAUCAGUAAAAGCUUCACUGGGACUCAAUGUCGUCAAUGGGGACUUAUGGGCCCUUGGUUGGUGCUAUCGAUGAAGGAACGAGCAGUGCUCGCUUUCUGGUAUUUUCUGCACAAACCUCCCGACUGAUCGCAUCACACCAAAUCCCUCUGAAGCAGUUCUGUCCGCAUGAGGGUUGGGUGGAACAAGACCCUGUGGAGAUUGUCAGUAUGGUCAAAGAGUGCAUGAGUAGAGUAUAUGAUUCCCUAAAAGAACAACAAAUAGACCCUCUGAGCAUAUCUGCAAUUGGGAUAACAAACCAGCGGGAGACGACUGUUGUUUGGGAUAAAACCACAGGUCUUCCUUUCUACAAUGCAAUUG